AUGGCGCAAAAGGUUGUGGUAACAGUGAAACUUGGAGAGGGUGAUGGCAGAAAGCGGAAGAGCGAGGGGCCUCCUUUAGAUAGUUGGUCCUGGAGAAAAUAUGGCCAAAAAGCCAUUAAAGAAUCUCCUCAUCGCAGAGCCAUGUUAAAGGUCAUGGAGUCCACGUGUUGCUUGGAACCCACCGCACACGAUGGGACAUGGGUUAUUACAGAUGCAACACUUGUAAGGGUUGUUCAGCUAAGAAACAGGUUGGGGAAGAGAGAUAGCAACCGCAACGGCGGCGACGGAGAUAGAGAGGCGGCUCUCCCAAUUCCAGAGCCAGCGACGACGACGACAAGGAUUGUGAACAUGCAAACUACUGCUUGA